AGAACGAGCGGGCUCGACGCGCCGCACGCUCGCGGAUCGCGCGCACCCACGUGAUCGCGCACGCUCUCGCGACGAAACGUUCCGUCCUUAACUAUCGGUACUUAUCUAAACAAUUACCUAAACUCCCUUGGUAUACACCCUGUACACCUUUCACGAUAGGGUGUCACCACGCGCUCCUCGUGUCUUUUCCUCAUCCUUGCGGGAAUGCCCGCUUCCGCUUGAUUGCGCCAUCACGUGGACGAUUCCUUUCGAUGAUAUCUGCGGACGAGAGCAGAGUGCUCUCGACUGUCCGGCUCCGAACCGAUACGUGCCGAUCACGACGAUCUCGUCGGGGCAGUGAGUGGUAUCCGAUGGCGAAUCUUUUAUCGAAGGGCGACGUCUAGAUCGAGUAGAUCCGUGAGAGAUAGUAUAUAUAUAUAUAUAUCAUAUAUCUUUUCUAGAACGAAAUGAUAUUUUAAAGGAUAACUCUAUUGGUUUCUACUAUCGACGUCUUAUAUACUUUAUUUCAACGCGAUAACCAGGAAUGUGACUGUGCACUCCGGAUCAGUGUGGUCGUGCCUCAGGAUUCCGAAGUGACGUUUCGAGAAUCUGCGUGAGAUUUUACGAGAAACUCGUGAAUGUGAAUAAACUUGUCCACCGGUGCCGAGAAGGGUUCUAAAAGAAAUCAGUUGAGAGCCUUUCUUUUCCUCGUGGAUUAUAUCACUGGGCUGGACCAAAUCACUUCGAUACAGUGGUGAGUCUUAUCGAAAGAGAGUCGAAAUAUCGCGAGAUGGCUCACGUGAAAAGCCAAUGGACGUGUAAACCAUUAAAAAUUGGCGGGCAAAUCCGCGCUCGCGCUACUAGAAAAAAGUUCGCCGUAUAAGAAAAGUGAGAGAUAGAAGAAAGAAACAAGAAAAGAGAGAAAAAAAGGAGAGAGAAAAUAGCCACAAGAGCGAUAAGGACGACGUAUCACGAGUAAAGGCGCUCGGUCGAUCGCGUACCCCAAAAAUAAUGGGUUGAACUUUCGAGUGGCGUUCUCCAUUCGUAAGAAGAAGCUAAAAUGGAAGCACAGCGAGACGAUGAGCUUCUUCAACUUUCACGUCGACUACGUUCUUAACGAAUGAUAGUCGGAAAUUAUGCGUUAAUUACACAAAGGAGACGAAGAAACCGGUGUUAAGUGACAAAGUGCGAAAUCCAGCAACAACAGCGAUAAAGUAUCGAACUUCCGUGAACGCGGCAGAGUGUUGUCCUUUUAAAAAUUAUCCCUCAUCAAAACCGACCGCGCCCGCAUUCUCUCUGUUCGUUCGAUUCGUAUCGAGUGUAUCGUCGAUCUUCAUCGUCCGCACAUCCCGUCCGUUAUUUAUACAUUCGCGAGGAAAUCUCGGGAGCGUAAUCUUCCACUCGCAACUUUUAUCGCGCUCGUCGCAUCGCAUUCGUCGCGCGGCCAUUACGGCUGUGAUCGAAUUAAAUCUUAUUAACCAGCGGUGUAAAUGCAAAUACGCGAAGCCGGGGAAGAGUGGCCGCGAGAUAGACGGAGAGAGGCGUAAUACCUGCGAGGAAACGAGGAAACGUUACUCGUGGUUCGAGGACCCCGCGAAGUUACGAGAAAGACGAGUAGUGACGACGACGACGACGACGGCGACGACGACGACGCGACGACGACGACGACUGCAAACUCGAGCGGGAAGACACGUUAUGCUCGCCAAAAUCGACAAUAAAACGGUCUGUUAAACAAAAAAUAAAAGAAGAUAUCGUUUCUCAGAAGACGCCUGAUGAAAUGCUGGAUAAAUUAUCGAGAUACAGGAUAUCCUGUCGCAAUAAAACCGUUUCACUAAUGACGCUCGACGUGUCCUGCGAGUUAUGCCGGUUUAACUUACGCGACGCGUCGACGGAGGCAUCGCUCUUCAAUAGAAACGCCUUAUAUAUGAUAUAUAAAAGAUGUUAUCUACCGACUGAAAUAGCGUUCCACCGGUUUGUGUACAAGUAACGAAGGGGAAAGUUUAACCGAACGAAGUUAGAACAAGUUUCGCAGUAUAUCGAGCGAAGUAUCAAGCCUCGAAUAAUUAAACGAGCUUAUUAAACGAUAUCCACUUUAUUAUCAUCAAGAAAGUUCGACCGACACGUAACUCUGUUAUCGAGAAGCUGGUACGUGAUGGAUGUUUGAAGAUUCAAGGAAAGUGACGACGUUUUCUUCACCUUUUCUGUCACUGUCAAGGAUCGAUGGAUAAUUCGUAGGAUAAUCGUGAUUAAAAAUCAACGUCAUUCAGUUCUCGGGGAGUCGGGAUUUUCAAAGAUUCGCGAGAGGAGAGUGACGGAGGAGAGUUUCUCUCGUUCUCUUCGCGAGAGCUGCGAAAGUGCCUGGAAAGUCCGUGGAUCGAGUCGAGAAUCACCGUGGUCGAGAGGUCGAGACAAGGAUCGAGAAGGCAGGCGCGCGCGAAUGCUGAAUGCCGCAGACGGUAGCAUCGGCAGCAUCGGCAGCAUCGGCAGGAAGCGCGACGUGCACCACGCUGUUCGCCGCCGGCGUCGCCGACGCCGUGAUCGCUCGUACGUACGCUCGAUGCCCGUACAAUGGACGUUUUCAAACUCGAUCAGUCGCUGAGCGCGGGUUUGGGCAGCGCGCCGGCGCCGGACACCCUCACGCCGGAAGUGUCAUUCGACGCCGGCAGUGAGUUCAACCUGAGCUUCUUCGACGGCCCGGAGGAGAACAACAGCACCCAGGGCUUCAGCGACCCCGGUUCCGUGGGUAGCGCCAGCGCCUCGCCGCCCCCCGGUACACCCGUACCCCCCCCCACCACCGGCAUCGUCAUUAAGCAAGAACAGCAUUACGCAGCAGCUGAUUCCAACAGUUCGACGCCUGCUAAGAGCUUCGUACCCUGCAAGGUUUGCGGCGAUAAGGCGAGCGGUUAUCAUUACGGCGUUACCAGCUGCGAAGGUUGCAAAGGCUUCUUCAGAAGGAGCAUACAGAAGCAGAUAGAGUACAGGUGCUUGAGGGACGGCAAGUGUCUUGUCAUCAGAUUAAAUCGGAACCGUUGCCAGUACUGCAGAUUCAAGAAGUGCCUAGCCGUCGGCAUGUCCAGAGACUCCGUGAGAUACGGCAGGGUGCCGAAACGCUCGAGAGAACGUGGCCCCGAAGACACGAUGGCGACGACCAUGACGACGACGACGACGACGACGACGAUGGCGGCUAUGGAAAUGCAGCAACUGACUACACCCGAUACCGGCAACAACAAUGCCAGCAACAAGAACAACAAUAACAACAACAAUAACAACAACAAUAACAAUAACAAUAACACCCAGAGUCAGAACGCGAUCUCACGGGUACCGUCGGCGGCGGUGGUCGAGGCUGAUCAAUCAGACGCUGACGUGAAGCAACUGGCUGUAUACGAUGUGAUUCAUCAGGUCUCUCAGGCUCAUCACGCUCAUUGCGGCUUCACGGAAGAGUCCACCAGGGGCCUUACGAGGAAACCUAUGAUAAUACCGGCGAGUAAUUCUUCGCAGCCCGCGAGCCCGGAAGAUCCAGAAGCAGCAUCCUCGACCGCGGAGACUGUUGAGUCGCAGAGGAUCUGGUUGUGGCAACAAUUUGCCACUAGAGUGACGCCGUCGGUACAGAGGGUGGUGGAGUUCGCAAAACGGAUGCCGGGAUUCUGCGAGCUCUCGCAAGACGACCAGUUGAUCCUGAUCAAAGUCGGCUUCUUCGAGGUGUGGCUCUGCCACAUCUCCAAAAUGACCACCGAUAAUUCGAUGACUUUUGAAGACGGCACUUACUUCACCCGCCAGCAACUGGAACUGAUGUACGAGCCCGACUUCGUGUCUGCACUGAUGCAAGUCACGUCAUCGUUAAAUGCCCAUCAACUGACGGACACCGAGCUGGGCCUGUUCUCGGCGGCGGUGUUGCUGAACGAACGACCAGGACUGAACGACGUCAAGGCUGUUCAAAGGCUGCAGGAUCGCGUCCUGGAGGCAUUAAGGGUGCAAACAACGCGACCCUCCGGUGAAGGUGCCGGCGGCACCACGAUCACCAACGUCUCGCAAAGGAUACCCGAACUGAGAGCGCUCGGCGCCAGACAUGCCAAUCUCCUAGAUUGGUUCCGCAGGAACUGGACGAAGCUCAAAUUACCGCCGCUGUUCGCCGAGAUAUUCGACAUUCCUAAAUGCGAGGAGGAUUUGCAAUGAAAAGCAGCCUCUAUAAGCUACAGCGAGGUAAUUCGAGACCAAUGAUGCCGUGAUGUCGGCGAUAAAUCGGGCCCAGCGUUUACCGAGGCCGUUCUGAAUAUCUAGAAUCGUUUUAACUCAUAGAGUUAGCGAAAUACAUCUAACACGAUGACGAGAUUCAAAUUGAAUGAAGAACGGGCGGUUGAAACGAGGAAUGAAGUAUAUCUGUGAAGAUUGUUUGUCACAAAAGAUAUUAGAAAAUUAGAGAGAAAAGAAAAACAAAGACGCGAUUGUCGACGACUAUCGUUGAUGGCGAUUCCCAUUGACUUGUCUCGGUUAUUCAAAAGUCAGCGAGAAAGGAAUUUUGGUCGAAGGAUCGCGAAAGAUAUUUACCGUAUACUAGAAAAUGAAAAAAGAAAGAAAGGAGAAAAUUACAGACGCAAUUGUUGAUUAUCUGAACAGCGAGAUCGCGCAGCGGACAGUAGCGUGAACUUCUAACGACGAUCUUUCAGGGAACAUCCCCUGAAAUGUUUUGUCGCUCCAGCGAAUAACAGAAGAUGAUCUCAAGAGAGAAGAAGAUUACCUUUAAAGAGUCGCGCAAGCAAUAAGACGGAACUUCUCCGUGCAAGCUCCGCGCAAGUUCGGAGGAAAAUUCGCAAUUUGCUCAAAUUCAACAGAAACGGCUUUGUACUAUUCGCCAAGCAAUAGCACACACGCAUUACAACAAGCGGGUCUCCGAACGGGCGUAUAUUUGAAUGAAAUACUCAAUCGACGAGGGAGGGAUCUUUCGCGCCGCUUUGCCGCCGCGCCAAGUAAAUAGCUGUUUUAACGAGCGUUGCGAUGAGGAAACAAGCACAAAAAGCGUAACAGAGUCAUGGACGUCCGUUCGUGCUCAAGAUUCUGUCCUUUGAUUUUUCUUUCUGUUUCUCUUCAAAUAAUUCUAAGACUUAAGAAUAUAUAUGUAUAUAAUAAAUAUAUACAGCGUGCAGUACCCGUCUGAGCAGCUAGAACGGAAAUCGGCCAAAUGAUAGCAUCAGAAACACCAACUAUAUUCAACGGACAUAUCAGAAAUUAAGAUUACAAAGUGUUCCCUCAUGUAUUAUUAUCAUUGCUGAGCACGUACGUGUCUCUUUAGAGGUGUUGCGGUCAGCGUAAUUGUGAUCAGUUCGAAUUUUAAUGUUGCAGGCACGUGAAAAAAAUUGAUUUCAAUAAACGAUAUAUUUUAGAAUAAAAAGAGCGCUACACGCUUUUUUAAAAUAAAAAUUAAACAUAGCGUGUUUUUCCUAUUAUAUACUUAAUAAUUAUACAGUAAUAAUAAGACUACCCACAUAGCAAGUUGCCCGCAGACUGCUGUCCAUUUGCUUCAAAUUACUCUGCUUAAAUUGCCUUCUAUAUUAAGGAAAAUGGUUUCCGGCUUUGCAUGUUGGAUUACCGAUUUUUAUUGCCACUAAUAGUUAUGAACAAUUUGAUGAUAACACUCAGGCAACGGUUGUCCUUUUUCCAACAGAUUGUAGCAACUUUUAUAGCAAUAAGCGAAUGCUACAGCAUUUCCGUUCAUUUGCGCAGACAACCGUUGUCGGCACAAUAUCUUUAGGUUGUCCUAAACAAAAUUAUUGUCCCGAUGACAGCAACGUGGAUGGCAACUGAAGGGAAACUUGUGCCACGAGCAACUAUUUCCUUUCUUAUACUAAGGAACGCUUGGCUAUUUGGGAGAGUCUUAACUGUAUAUGUUAGUACAUGUUGUAUAAUUAUACAAAAGAUUAAAAUGCCUAUUGAAUUGAUACAUAGUUUUAAUUUCACUUGCUAGAUUCUUAGAUCGCUAAUUAGCCAGUCGAGAUACAUUUUUCUGUGUCCCCAACAUUGAAAAUCGAACUUGUCAUUUUCGAUCCUUGAUUUGUUGCGACACCGAAGGUGAUGAUGAACGGUUAUACGGCCGCGUAAGUGUAACAAAACGCGUGUGCGAUUGAGCACGAGACUCGCGCGAUCUAACCGCGCAUUCAUAUACGCAUACAGCAGCUAUGAGCUUACGUAUGUAAUUAAAGGCGCACAAGCGCUGAGAGGGAGCGUAUACAAAUUUCAUGCUGUAAGGCUCGAGAAAUCUUUAUAGGAACGUAUCUUCUUAUAGACGCAUCUGCUACG